GUUGUUUUCUGAGUAUGGAGGAGAAUGGAGGACGGUGCAAAUAAUGAUGAUGCUGGUGACCCAGCAAAUACAGAAAAUUCCAUUUGUGCCGGGUGCCUAAAUGUUCUUGAUGAAGAUGAAGUUAUUCAGGCAUUAAACCAAGAGUGGCAUGUUGAAUGCUUUCGCUGUUCAGCAUGUGAUGCAGCACUCUCCAGUUGGUAUUUUGAGAAAGAUGGGCUGCUAUUUUGCAAGGAUGACUACUAUGCAAAAUAUGUGGAGUCAUGUCAGGAUUGUGGACAGGUGAUUACUGGACCUGUAAUGGUUGCUGGUGAUCACAAAUUUCACCCAGAAUGCUUUUGCUGUACAUCAUGUGGAAGUUUCAUUGGCGAUGGAGAGUCAUAUGCACUUGUGGAGCGCUCCAAGCUCUAUUGUGGUCAGUGCUACAAACGCCAGAUGCAACCUCUUACAAAGACUGUUGGUGGUAUGUCAAAUACACGAAAACCGCAUUCGAUACGCCUGGUAGAGAUACCACCUUUGAAUGAUGGACAGCGAAGUAUUAAACUUAGUGCUGAAGGAGGUCGUGGUAUUCCAGUUGUUCAUUCUGAACCAUAUGGAUGCCGUGGAUUACGGAUCUCAGAGAUACUGAGUAUAGUUCAUGGCAAAGUUGGCAAGUUGGCUGUAUCACUUCUUGAGGCAGCCUUUAGAUUAUGCUGCCAUCUAUCACGUUAUAGGCUGGACAUGAGCAGUGAUUUGAUGUCCCUUCACAUUGGAGAUAGAAUAUUGGAAGUAAAUGGAACUCCAGUGAAGGACCAGCCAAUUGAAAAUAUAGAAAACCUGAUUCGUUAUUCAGACACUGUGCUCCAGCUGACAAUAGAACAUGACCCAGAUGCUUCUUGCCGACGCCGUCCAAGUGUAGCUGCCUCACCACCUUCUUCGCGGCCUCCAGAUGGACGCCUUUACAGACGUAAAGAUGAGGGUUACAUGAGUGGAUCCAGAUCUCGUGCACUGCGGCGUAGCCGGGGGAGUGGUAGUAGCAGUAGCAAGGAACGAUCCUCAUCAAUGUCAAGACUGCUUGAAGGCAGUUCACCACCAUCUGGCCGUGAAAGCUGUGAUCUGUCACGAACUCGAUCAUUUCGUGUGGAACCCAAAAGUCAGCGCAUUUUCCGUGCCUCUGACUUAGUGAAGGGUGAAUUAUUGGGGAAAGGAUUCUUUGGCCAAGUGUACAAAGUUACCCACCGCGCAACAAAUGAAGUUAUGGUACUGAAAGAAUUAUACAGAGUGGAUGAAGAUGCACAGAAGAAUUUUCUCAAAGAGGUGGCGGUACUUCGUAGUCUGCAUCAUCAUAAUGUGCUGCGCUUCAUUGGAGUGUUGUACAAAGACAAGCGUUUGCACCUGGUCACUGAAUUCAUCUCGGGGGGCACGCUACGAGAGCUAUUGCAUGACAUAUCUGAACCAUUACCAUGGGAACAGAGAGCAUCAUUUGCAAAGGACAUUGCUGCUGGCAUGGCGUACUUGCAUUCCAUGAACAUCAUCCACCGUGAUUUAAACUCUCACAACUGCCUUGUUAGAGAGGACAAGACGGUUGUUGUGGCUGAUUUUGGGCUAGCACGUAUAAUCUCCCAGAAUCCUGUGGGUGUGAGUGCUGCAGAUCGAAGGCGUUAUGGAAAACGAGGAACUGGUCCAGGAAGCAGACGCUGUGAAAGGAAAAAACGUUACACAGUUGUAGGAAACCCUUACUGGAUGGCACCAGAAAUGAUGAAGGGCAACAAAUAUGAUGAAAAAGUUGAUAUAUUUUCCUUUGGGAUUGUGCUAUGUGAGAUAAUUGGUAGAGUUCAUGCUGAUCCAGACUACUUGCCACGCUCAUCAGACUUUGGCCUGAAUCAAAAGGUGUUCCGUGAGAAGUUCUGCUGCAGUUGCCCUGAGCCUUUCUAUCGGGUAGCCUUCCUUUGCUGUGAUCUCAACCCAGAUAAAAGGCCUCCAUUUGAGGUUAUGGAGGUUUGGUUGGAAGGACUAGCAAUGCACCUUUCAGUAGAUAAACCACUGCCAAAGGAUCUUGAGUUCGAUAUAUUUAAUUAUACGGGUCGGAGUCCUAGCUCAUCUGAGUCAACAACACCGGAAGCACUGACCCCAUCAGCAAAUCAGCCUCCACUUCAACCUAUAGAGGAGGGCCGUUGCCAGAUACCGCUUCCAACACCAGUGCGCUCACCUUCACCUGUUGAGAGUACAGCAUUGUGAGGGGCAGUUCUCUAUUGCCUGAAUCCGAUACAGUAUUCUCACUCUGUGUUUGUGUAAGUGGUGCAUUUUUUCCCUGCCGUAAAGUGGCUGCUGUUUCUCAGCAAAGUCAUGAAAGCUUUAAAGUAUAAUAUUAAAUUCUUAUGACGUAGAUUCUUGUUGCAUCUCAUAGAGAAUCUAUAAACUGUUAGUUAACUGUUUCAGAAUUGCAGCCUGGCAUUUGGCUGUACUUGUUAAAUCAUACUUGUAUUAUCCUUACAAGUAAGAGAUUCCUCUUUUUGGAUGGUACUUCCAUA